UAGUAAGGACCUAUGUAUUGAAUUCACAUUAAAAACGUAAUGGACGUGUGCCUUUGUCACAUACCUUAUACGUUAAUAUAGAAAAUCCGUACAUAUACUAAGUUAAAUUUAUAACUUUAUAUGUAAGGAGAAGGCAAAAAAUGGAACGUAUUUGUGCGUAGGCGGAUUGAUCUGCAACCGGAGAGAACCAAGGAAAUAGACGUAGGAAAGGAUGUGAGUACAAGUGGUUUGCGAUUGAAGUGGACAUUUAUUUGAAAUAGUAUGUGAAAAAUUGAUUAGUUGUUAUUUUAAAAUGUCGUUUUACCGUAAUUAAUCUUCGUAAAGUACUUAUUGAGCUUUUAAUGUGGUAGAUAAUAUUGUUGAAGCAAUAUAAUAAGAGGUUUAAUGCCUGUAGGUGAACAACCAAGGACUGCUCUGAUUCAUGAAGGCCUAACCUUGUUUGGACAGUGAUAAUAGUGUCUUAAAAAGUAGGACCGUAUUAUUGAAAGGUCUGAACAUGGAGGCAACUGCGAAACAUGACUUCAAUGCUACAGCUGAUGAUGAGCUUAGUUUUAGGAAGAAUCAGGUGCUAAAGAUCUUAAACAUGGAAGAUGAUAUGAAUUGGUAUAGAGCUGAGUUAGAUGGUAGAGAAGGUUUGAUACCUAGUAACUACAUAGAAAUGAAGAGUCAUGAUUGGUAUUAUGGUAGAAUUACAAGAGCGGAUGCUGAGAAGCUGCUGUUGAACAAGCAUGAUGGAGCGUUCCUAAUACGAGUUAGCGAGAGUUCACCUGGAGACUUUUCUCUUUCUGUAAAAUGCUCGGACGGUGUGCAACAUUUUAAAGUGCUCCGUGAUGCACAAGGAAAAUUCUUCCUUUGGGUUGUUAAAUUUAACAGUUUGAAUGAAUUAGUGGAGUAUCAUCGGACAGCCUCAGUUUCCAGGUCGCAGGAUGUGAAACUGAGAGAUAUGGUCCCUGAAGAGUGCCUAGUGCAGGCCCUGUAUGACUUCACGCCGCAGGAGCCUGGGGAGCUGGAGUUCCGACGAGGUGAUGUUAUAACAGUAAAGGAACGCAUGGAUCAGAAUUGGUGGCAUGGAGAAAUUGGUGCCCGUACAGGAUUAUUCCCAGCCACUUAUGUUGCUCCAUACCAUGCUUAGUAAGGGACACUACAUCACUCAUAACUGUAAGUGGAACGUGUUGGAAUUGGUCGACGAGUCUGACCAAUGUUGUGAGAUGGCAUUAUCAUGCUGGGAUUUAGCAUUCUUUAGAUCCUCGUAAAAAUUAAUUCCACAAGAAUAAUAAGAUUUUCAGAACUACAUCCCUCACAACAAAGCAAGACUUUGAUACUUUAAUACAUGCUGCAUAAAUGUAGUUUUACCUGUAUGGUUACAAAAUUAAAGGGAUUAAUUACAUUUUGGGAAGGAAGACCUUACAUGUGUUAAGUGGCCAUAUGGUUAGUUGCUGACCAUGAAUCGUACUGUUGUGAUAUCUAGGUAUUCUCCAUUGAUUCUCACCCGGCUUGGUAUGAUUGUGGGAUCAAGAUUUGUUUUUGCAUUUAACAGAAACCUAUAGAAAGUGUGAAGGAGGGAGGGAGUGUAAACUUGCAUAUUGCCAUUAUUAUGGCGUACACAGUAUGUAGAUGAAUUUUUUGGAAGUUCUGACUCAGUAUUAUCACAGCAUGCAUACAGGAGAGGUGUUCAUGUCGUGACUCUUGACCAGAGUUUGACGAACUGAACACUCUUGGCUGAGUUUGCCAUUAAGUUGAUAAAAAUGAUUGACUCAGCAGUUGCUUUAUGUAUCUUUUGAUCGUGUCUCUUUCAAAGCAUAUUUGCAUUUGCAGUAAAACAAACACCAAGACCGAUGAAGGUGCAAAAUUGCAAAGGUUGCAUUUGAAAGCUGUAUAUAUAUAUAUCUUUGUGCUCUGACUGUGCAGAAAGACAGAGUUAUGCAUGAGUUAUGCAGGUGGAUUAUUUUGAGCAUAGUUUGUAAGAUUGUGAUGUGCCACUUAUAUAGUCUUGCACUUAGCUAAUUGCUAUUAGAGCUGACAGUUUAUUAUUAGAUUCUUGUGUAAUAUUUCCUUUUGGUGAAAUGAACUAACUGUAGCUUAUGAACGAUGUAUAUACAUUAUUAUUAUUAUUAGCACUUCUAAAAUCCUUCCGUGAUAUGCAGUGAACCGUAAGAGUUUGACGCCCGUGUUUGGGCCAGUACAGAGGGCUGUCCAGGUAAUCUUCAGGUUUGUGUAGUUAAAAGAAUGGCUUUGCUUAGCAUGGUAAUUGGUGAAGACUUCAUUCAUGUUACCAGUUUUGAAGAAAUUGUCACUUAACCCUUAAAGACUGAAUUUCUUCUAAGUAACAUAGAAAUUCAGUUGGCACCUCGGAGGAAACAUAUUAGUGUCCACUACAAAGUUCAGCCGGUUCAUGGUUCUAGGAUAACAAUCACUGUUUAUUGUGAAAACCAUACAGAACAUGUAGAUGAUCUCUGUUGACAGACUGGAGAACUUUAGUAUAUUAAGGUGGUACACAUAAGAACAACUGGGCAUUAAAUGGUUAAUAUAGACACAUGUUUGUGCACAAUAUCAGGUCAUUGCAAGCACUGUACUCAUGUAACCACAUUAAAAUACUAUAAUUUAUAUACACAGUGCUUGAGCACGAUGAAAACUGCAUGCAACCAGAUCACGGAUGAACAUGAUAUGCCUCUGUGUGGUAAGUUGCCACCGUAAAAAUUCUAAGUGGAGCAGAAAGUAUAUCUUGGUUUUCCACUUCAAGAUGCUUAUUUUUUUGGAAAAGAAAAGGUUUAUAAUGUGUCGUCUUGUUUUUUAAGUAUACUUUUUAUGGACGAAGGGUCUGACUUUGCUGUAUCAUGGUUAUUGGAUGAGCUGUUUAAUAACAAAGUCUUUGCUCUUUCCAGUUAUGCAAAAUCAUAUUUUGAUAGUUAGCUUGUUUUAUUUUAACUAUGAUGAUACGUGUAAACUAAUGAGAUGUAUAAUUUUGAUUGUAUUAAUUUUAAUUCUCUGUGUAUAUUUUCUUUUGCCAUGCACCUUUCAAUAAUUGUAGAACAAUAUGAAAAGGGUUCCUGUAAGAUUUUGUAAUAACAUUCUUUAUUUACUGUAUUAGUUUGUUUCCUGUUUUGAAUUGUGUGGGGCAGAUCACAGUAACAAUUCACAUGCCGUGCAGUAGGCAUAAUAUAGAACAUGUUGAUGGAAAGAAGGUGCAAGAUUCCAGACUUUUUUGGUGUGAACGACCUGUGUUCCAGAAGGUUUAUUUGAAUGAAUAUUUAUUGUCUCUGUGCUUUAAUUUGUUGGUGCUUUUGUGAUGUUCGUUGAGAGGCCUUGCUAGUACUGUAAAGCCAAGUUGUAGGUACUAUCACAGGCCAGCUGGCUGAUGUGUCUCACACGAGCAAGGCACAAAGUAAUAGGGAUAAUCAGUUGGAAAUAACUAUUUGUUUAACUGAAGCUUGUUUCAGUCAGAAUGUAGAUUUGAUAGAGACUACAGUUUCUUAAUGGUUACAGCUGCAUGUAUAAUUUGAACUAAUAUCUGUAGUUUGGGAAAAUAUGCUGUGCAGUAUUUGGAAGUGAAUAUUUGCUUCAGACUGUAUGUUGUUCACUUACAAAAUGAUGUUACUGUUCUCAUGUCUGCAGUGUUGAGUUCUGUGUUUGAAUUUGCUGUACCCUGUCUUCAGAGCUGCAAGGCAUGAACCGUUUGAGGCUGUUGGCAGCAUGUACUUUGAUGGUUGCCUUAGGUGGGUUCAAGAAGAAAGCAUUUACUGCUGGUUUUAGUCAAAAAAUUCAAGCAGAAAGGGCUCACAAACUGACAGAAAGAUAUUCAGUUAUGGAAAAUGCCAGUAGUAUGAUAAAAAUUAUUAUUUUGAUUGCAGUAAUAUAGGAAGAGCUGCAUUUUUUGGUGCAUAAGAUGAACUCAUAAUGGUCACUCUGUAUCUACACAGCUACAUGUUUUACCUCCAAAAUUAUGUUAGCAUUACUGUAAAUAUCAGCCUAAUUUUAGUUUGUUUCAGUUCAGUUUACUUGAAGCUGAAGGCAGGCUUGUAGGAUUGUUCUAAAAAAUGCUUAUCAUACAGCAGAUUGCUGUAUGGGGGAUGUUCUUAAUGAAGUGUAUAUGGAGUGAAAUGCAAAGUAGAAAUUGCUUAUAAGCCUACACGUUGCAACAGCAGAUGAUGUCUACAGUAAACGAACUGUAACACCAAUGUAACAUGUUCAUACUCCAAGUACAUUUCUUUGUAAUGUUGUUUGUUACACUGGGACUGAAGAAAAACAUGCAGACCUUACUCCUUACUCAACUUGUACUUGUACUUACUUGUUUGUUUGGGAAUACUGUUAAUAGCGAUAACAAAAACUGUGUGUUUGGAAGUCAUGCUUGUUUGCACACAUUGAGUAAGAACUGGCUAACAUUCAUAGCAGAUCCUACAGCUUCAGUGGCAUUGGUGCAGAAGUCCAGUAAUGGACGUGAUCCUGAGCUGCUUCUUUUCACAUCACAUGCUUACAGUUUACCUUCUUGGUUUGGAGCCAGAAUGUGGUUUUAUCAGCAGGUGUCAGUAACUGGCACAUUUUGCAGGCGUAUAAUCUAUGAGAUUGCCAGUUUGAAUCAGUAACUUCAUUUAUUACAACAAAACAGGCUCUGUAUUCAUAUAUCCACACUGACUAAUAACACGAGGCAGUCAGACUUUAAACAGAAAAUAAUGAAAGGACCUGUUUUCUUAAUAUUUGCAAUUUCCAUAAAUUGAUGAGUCAUAUUGAACGAUCUGCUGUCACAGAUAAGAUACCUUUGCUUUGGUUUACUUAAACACAGUUUGUGCUUUUACUGCAAAUUAGUAAGUAACUUAUGAUUCAGCAGCUGUCCUGAUAAGUUCCUCAGUCCCUUUCAGCAAAAACCAUAUAUUCCGUGACUCGCCCCAUCCUGUUGCUUGCUGAUGAUGGCCUUGUGAAGCCGCUGCACAGCGUCAUGUGUGUCUCAGUUUGGUCCUGUCUGUCAGCAUCACAGCAGUAUUGUACUGGAUAUGAGGAAAAGAAGAAGAAACCCCAUCAUGGUUUGUUCUGUUUAUGGCCUUUGGGCUGAGACUUUUUUAGUCUCCUGCAUUCUGGAGGAACACACUUCAUUCAUCUUUGAGAAUGGAGUAAUAAGGCUGGGUCAUGUGAACAGAGGAGGGUGGUUUGGAUAUGGAGGAGAGGACUCCAGACAACCUAGGGGAAGGCGGUUUAUUGAUCCCCAGUGUAUGUAUGUCUUAUUUCACAGUUUUUAAGAUGAGUGUAUUAAUGAAACAAUUGCUUGGAAAUUGCCAAUUGAAUGAGAUGUCGAUGUAUUCAAACUGUGCAUGUCAGUAAAUUGCUAUUGUGGUGAUAACAUGGUAUUUGAUAAGUGACUUCACUCAUAAUGUUGAUGAGUCCAUGGCUUUGCAAUAAAGAAUUUGGAAGCAUAUAUAAAUACAUGUAAAGAAACUAUUUAGAGCUUGAGGUAAUUCUGGGUAUAUCCAAUGACUGAGUGAUGAUGUGUAAUGUGAAAAAAGUGUUCUUCAUAUGCAGAAUAAUGAUUUAAUAUCUCUAUUUUUUGCAUCCUGUUGUGUAUCGUGUAUUGAAGGCAUAACUGGGAGCCAUCAACACAGCAGUUGAUUAUAAACUGAUAUUAAAAUGUUUUAAUAUUUGGUUAUUUUUAUUUACAUCCCACUACAUGUUUCAGUCUGCAGGGAUCAUCAUCAUCAUCAUCAUCAGGUGGUCUACAAAUAUAUAUGUCACUUAAUUAUCUAUUAGACAACCUGGUGAUGCUCUGCAGAUCAAAACGUAUAGUGGGAUGUAAAUAAAAAUAACUGAAUAUUAAACAUUUUAAUAUUGGUUUAUGAUCAACUGUUGUUGUGUUGAUGGCUCCGAGUUAUCCCUUUAAUACAUAAUUUAAUAUGCAGUGAUCACAUUCGCUCUCAAUUAAAUCCAUAGUUUUUUGUUCCAAGAACAUUUUUUGGGGGGUUAUGGAAUUUAUAUAUUUCAAUUACACCAUUACAUUUGGGGUUCUCACAGUGGUAACUAUGAAUAUAUGUCCUCUGUGAUGUGACACAAUGUAUUUUGGUAUAUAAGUACCAGCAUUUUGUAAGAACCUAUUAUCUCUGUCUACAGGACAGAAGAUGGAAGCAGCAAGUCCUCUGAAGUGUAGGUACUUGUCUACCAAACCACACGGUGUCACAUGUGCACAUUAAAAGAGUUCUCAAAACUUCCUUGUGCCUACUGUAACAUGCCAGUCAUAUACUAUAUUUUUGUUGUUGUUUGACUGGGCUUUGGUCUCACUCUCUGAAAAAGUUUAUAGAGACAUCUGAACUGCAGAGUGAACUUCUGCUGGCUAUGGACAUUCAGUAUUUAAAAUUAGUUAGAUUUCAGGUCAUGAACUGCAAUAGUAAUUAAAGUUGUCAUCGCUGUUGCUCCGCAAGUGCACAAAACUGAACUGUUCAUUCUGUGUGUCUGCUUACUAAUUAAUUUUUCUGGUAGUUUCAGACUUCGCAAUAAUGUUAAUACCUCAGAGGUAACUCAAUUUCUAUUAACUUUACAUGGAAUAAAGUCCAGUUUGUGACA